AUGGACACGCAGGGAGUAUUGGAGCUUCAGGAAAUGCGGGGAGUCGGGGGAUCAGAGGGAGUCGGGGGGUCAGAGGGGGUCGAGGGAUCACGGAACGCGAAAGACCUACGGGACAGCUCAACGCAUGGCAUCAAUUUAGAUAGCGAGGAGAGGGGGACGACGAUCGCAGAGGCACCUCAGAAGCAACCUAGUCCCAACCACGCAAAUGACGACGGGAUGAAGAGGGGGGAGAGUGAGGAGCAGCACGAGGCCUCCGCUUCCUCCGAUCCCUCCGCUCCCUCCGCUCCCUCCGAUCCCUCCCCCUCCUCCCCGCCUCCCGCCGUCCGCUGGUCCGUUGCGCCGUGCACCCGCGGGGGGCUUGAGGGGCCGCCGCAGCUCGACAUCUCGCCCGCGCCGGGGGAAGCGGAAGGGUGGGAGGCCGCGCCGAGUCCGGGGAAGGCGCGGGAGUGGGGGGAGUGGGGGGAGUCGGCGGAGUGGGCGGAGGUAGACCUGCGCGAGAUCACGCUGACCAAGGAGAUUGCGCGGGGGUCGUCCAGCGUGGUGUACAGAGGCGUGUAUCGCAAGCAGAGCGUUGCUGGUGGGUGCUGUGCGGUGAAGAGGGGUGAGAGAGGUGAAGGUGGACAUGGGUGGGGGCGACGGGUCAUCAGUGCACGCGGUGCAGGAGAGGCGGGAGGACUGACCUACUUCCUUCUCAUCUCCACGCCAUGCCCUCCGCGCCCCGCCCCCCCGCCCCCCCGCCCUCCUCCCCUGGCCCCCCCGCCCUCGUCCCCGUGUGCGUCCCUGGCAGUGAAGGUGGUGGACCUAGGCAGCAACGACGGCUCAUCGCUGCAUGAGGUGCAGGAGAGGAGGGCGGCGCUUAUACGGGAGGUGAUUAUAUGGAGCCGCGUCACGCACCCCCAAAUAGUCCCGGUGAUAGGGGCGCACAUCCCCCUGCUCUCCCCCGAGGCCCACCCAUCCCCCUCCCCCCAGACGCCCAGGCAGCAGAGGGUGGACUCGCGCCUGCGGGGCGAGCAGGCGUGUGUGGUGAGUGCGCUCAUCGGCACGGGCGUGACGCUCAAGGAGUAUCUCGCUCGCACUGCCAGGGAGAAGAGGAAGCUGCCUCUGCACAUGCUGGUUGAUUUGGCCAUGCAGCUUGCCAAGAGCACCCUCAUCGGCACGGGAAUGACUCUCAAGGUGUAUAUCGCCCGCACUGCUAAGGAGAAGAGGAAGCUGCCUCUGCACAUGCUGGUGGAUCUAGCCAUGCAGCUUGCUAAGAGUCUCGCCUUCCUGCACUCCCUGCGCGUGGUACACGGCGACGUGUGUCCCGAUCACGUGCUUCUCGACUCCACCUUACGUCUGCACCUCGCGGGCUUCGCCUGUGCUUCUAUCGAGGGAGACCUCGCAUACAGUCACGCGGGCAGAGGGGAGGAGAGAGGCAAUCCGAACUACAUGGCUCCUGAGGUGAGCGGGACUGAGGUGAGCGGGUCUGAGGCGAGAGGGACUGAGGCGAGCGGGACUGAGGUGAACAGGACUGAGGUGCUCAACUCCCUUCCCUACGACCGCCAGGCAGACGUGUUCAGCUUUGGCAUGUGCUUGUGGGCCAUGCUCUCCUGUGAGCCGCCCUUUCCCAAGUGUGAUUACAACGAGAUCUCCGACCUUCUGCUGCAGGGUGUGCGCCCCAUCAUCUCCCCCAAGUGCCCCCCCGACUUGGCGCAUGUGCUCCGCUGCUGCUGGGAGGGUUCUUGCUCACUCCCUCUCCUCCCCCACCCCACCGGGUUUCCCCCAUCCCAUGCAUUCCCCCAGGGCGGCGUGCGCCCCAUCAUCUCCCCCAAGUGCCCCCCCGACUUGGCGCAUGUGCUGCGCUGCUGCUGGGAGGGCGCCCCUUCAUCCCGCCCCUCCAUGCCGCAAGUCAUCACCCUGCUGCGCUCACUCAACGUCUUUGCCUCCCGCCAAGACCACCCUGCAAGGGAUGCUAGGCAGGGGGAAUCUGGUGCAGGUAAUGCUGGCCUUUCUACCAGCACCACCGGCAGCAGAAACAGCAGGAGUAGCAGCAGCAGCAGCAGCAGCAGCAGCAGCAGCAGCAGCAAGCAGGCUGGUGGGUUGAGGGGUGGUGCGGAUGAGAAUAGCGCUGCUGUUAAUCGCAACCAUGAUUCUGCUGCCGACGCUAGUGAAGGGAUUGCAGAGGGCAAGAGCGAUAUGCGGCAACAACUAGCCUCCUCUGAGCCAACCUCCACUUCUCCCCACCUAAGCGCUCCCCCUCUCCGUCUCAUACCGCCCUCCACUCGUCCAAACAAUCCACCCUCACUUAUUCCUCCCGCAUUCCUCCCCUCCCACACUACCACCCCCGCCUCCCUGCCUUCCCCUUCCUCCUCCCCUCUUCACUCCUCCCUCCCACCCCCCUCUCCACACCCAUCCUCCCCUUCUCGCUCCUCUCACCCCUCCCCUCCCGCCUCCUUCACCCCCUCCUCGCCCUCUGCUGCUGCGCCUGCUAGCCCAUCCGUAUCAGCAGCAGCAUCAGGUGCUGCUGCUAUCAGUACGGAAGGUGUGGUGGCCAGAGGGUAUGCCAUAGCAGGUCGGGUUGCUGGUGCUAACCCUGCUGCUGCUGCCGCUGCCGCUGCCGCUGCCACUGCGAAUUCCGACACAAAUCCCGAGACUAGUCCCGAGGCUGACACCGAGGCUAGCACCGGUGCUAGCACCGGGUGCGUGGGAUGGGAAGGAGGUUCUGCAGCAGAUAGUAUCAGCCCAGUUGGCAGUGCUCGCAGCAUUGGGUGGGAGGCAGGGGGGGGGAUAACCGGCACUGGGAAUGCCAGCCCAGCAGGGAGCAUGGGGAGCAUGAGGAGUGUGGGUUGGGAGGGGGAGCUGAUGUCUCCUGCAUGGAGUGGGGAGGCGGGGCAGGCGUGGGUUGGGGAGCGGCCGGUGUGGGAGAUCAAGCUGAGGAACGUUAUUUUAAAGAAAGAGAUUGCUAAGGGGUCGUCUGGGAUUGUGUACAAGGGCAAAUACAAGGACUGCCCCGUUGCAGUGCGGGUGGUGCCUUGGAGCGAGGUGGAAGGGGAGAUGUCCGAGGGGGAGCAGUGGGAGCAGAGGAGGGCCAACACCCUCAACUGCCGACCACCCCCACUAGCGCUGCCACUAGUAGCGCUGCUGAUGGAAAGGACAAGGAAAAAGGGGCUGACAGGGAGAAAGGGGCGGACAGGGAAAGGCGGACAGGGAGAAAGGGGCGGACAGGGAGAAAGGGGCGGACAGGGAGAAUGGGGCGGACAGGGAGAAAGGGGCGGACAGGGCGGAUACACGAUUCAAGGGGCAUGCGCUCUCCUGGCGUAUCUGCACUCCAUGGGCGUGGUGCACGGCGACAUUUGUCCUGAGAACCUCCUUCUGGACGUCAAAGCGCCGCCUCAAGAUCGCAAGAUUCGGGGCGGCGCGUGUGGAGGCGUCUCACCCAGUCAGCACUGCCACUGGCAGCUGCCGCCGCACCCUCAGCUACAGCGCGCCAGAGGUGCUCUUCUCCCAGUGCUCUUCUCGCAGCCCUACGACCGCUCUGCUGACGUCUACAGCUUCGGCAUCUGCCUGUGGGAGCUCUACGCCCGGGAGGCGCCGUUCCCGAACCUAGACUUUGGGGAAGUGGCCGAUGCUGUCAAGGAG